AUGGGAAAGUUUCCACUCUUUACUCAAGCCGAAAAUAAGAUCAUUUUAGAAUGUAUGCAACGUAAUCCAAAUAAUAAAAGUUAUAUGAUAAUUAAAAAAGAGCUUGAGCAAGUUUCUAGUAAUAAAGAUUCAAAACAAAUCCGUCAUCAUUGGACAAAUUAUCUAAAUCCAGAACUUUGUAAAGUUCCCUUAGACGAUGAAAAAAAAGCGUUUCUUGUUCGAUGGAUCGAACAAAAUAAUAUGCAAAAUGGAAAUUUUCCCAUUAUGAAAUUAGUUGAUGCGAUGUAUAAAGAAUAUAAUCUUUUAUAUUCUGAGAACUCGAUCAAGAAUUUUUUGCACACUAGAAAAAGAAGGCAAAGAAGACUUGAUCGAACCCAAGAAUCGCAUGCUUUGCGUACUAGCGAAACUCGACCUCAAGAACCAUGUGCCUUGCCUACUAGAGAAAGUCCCCAAGAACUGCCAAAAUAUUUGGAGCCACCUUAUGGACCUUAUGGACCUCAACACCUUCAACACCUUCAUAAAAUUUCUCCAUCCUUUGAUUGA